UUGGGUUUGAUAUUGAAUGCUCUGCACGCUAGAUUCCGGAUCUGUUACAUCAGGGGAUGAUAUCUACGAUGCCCGUCGCCGAACUUCAAAUGGCUCUGAAAGCGCGUUUGCCCACCUAGCAAACAACACACCCACCUUCCCUUCUCUUGCAUUGAAACGGGCUCAAGAGAUUGACCCGAAUGGGGCUCGUUGUGCAGUUACAAACACGCGAAACGACAUAGUGACCUGCCCCCUGCUCCCCUUGACUUCGGAUGACAAAACUCUCACUCAGCUCGAAUAUGCGUGGGGGAUGGGAUGGCGAAGGCUGGACGUUAGUAGUCCUUUCAACGCCUUGUUCGUCACAAAGGAAUGGCGUCAGCAAUUUGUCGACAAUCGAUGGCUUUUGUUCCCUGAACCACAUGUCAUUCUGUCAUUGCUGAAGUUAGCUAAAGAGCAGAACCCGGUGAAGCUUAACAAGUACUUUCAACAGCAAGCGACUUUCAAAUACUACCCUGUUCCCCAGCCCUCGCUUCGAGACGAGGUCAUCGUCGAGAAGCCAUAUCGUGGCGGUGCCCAUACUGUUCACACAUAUCCGUUCGCAACUCUUGGUCCAAUCGUCACUCACGUACGGCCCCAUUUCGUCGUAGAAAACACGUAUGCAAAGUACUCAGCGGUGAAGGGCUACGAAUCUCACGAAGUGACGGAGGCUUUCCAGGCUGUUCUCGAUAUGCACUACCCGGGGCAUGGUUACGAGGCAGUCACCUUAUUUUUUAACCUUUCGCAGGUCUCAAAUAAGUGGGCAAGACGUGAAGUCGCUCCUACCUUCAGGCGCCACGUUCGUGCGUCUAGACGACUUAUGCCAGUGUACAGAAUGGCUUCUGAGUGGGGGACCGAAAGCACCGUCUCCGAGUCAAAGGAAACAGAACCGUUCGACCGCAUCGAGUGGAUCAAGGGCAUCGCGCGAUGGCAGGUCGGGGCUACAUUGGAGGCUGAUGUCGACGGGUGGGAAUUAAACGUGUUCAACGAUACCCAGGUCGCCGACUACAGGUCUGAGCCGGAGCUUGUCUUCAAAUCGAGUCCCACAGAUAUGUGGCACAGCUGGCGUCCGUCAUGGCAGCGCGAUUCUAAAGGGAACCAUCUGAAGGACAGCACAUACUUCUCUAGCAACGACUGGGCUGCACUCGAAUUUCGUGUCCUUUUGCCCUGUGCACGGCCCGGGGAUUGAUACCAUCGGUUUCCUUGUAGACGGCUCAAACUCCUUGUAUGAUUUGAUAUCCUGUAAGAUACCCUCGACUAGUCCCCUAAUAUCUCGCGUCAACCCUGUUUUAGUUACAGCUUUUGUUUCAAUGCUAUCUAUGUUCAC